UUCACCUCGGCUCGGCUCGCUUCACCUCGGCUCGCUUCAUCUCGGCUCAGCUCUGCUCGGCUCGGCUCGGCUCAGCCCGGCCCGGCCAUGGUGGAGCGCUCGGACGAGGCGCCGCUGCUGUUCUGGGCCGAGGGCCCCGCCGUGUCGGCGCCGCCGCCCGCGGCCGAGCCGGGCAGCAGCGGCAGCGGCGGGCGGCGGCUCGGCGGCGGCUGGAGCGCGGCUCCGUGGGACGGCGAGGGGCCGGCGGAGGCGGCGGGGCCGCCGCGGGCGGAGGCGGAGGAGGACCAGAUCGUGGCCGUCUUCGUGGUCACCUUCGACCCCCGCACGGGCAACAUGGUGGAAUGGUGUUUACCCCAAGAUAUAGAUUUGGAAGGUGUGGAAUUCAAAUCCAUGGCAAGUGGGUCCCACAAAAUCCAGUCAGAUUUCAUUUAUUUCCGGAAAGGGCUCUGUUUUGGCCUGGCCUGCUUUGCCAACAUGCCUGUGGAGAGUGAGUUAGAGCGUGGUGCCCGCAUGAAGUCCGUGGGCAUCCUCUCCCCUUCCUACACCCUGCUGUAUAGGUACAUGCACUUCCUGGAGAACCAGGUCAGACACCAGCUGGAGAUGCCAGGGCACUACUCCCAUCUAGAGGCAUUCUAUGAUGACAAGAAAGGAGUUCUCCCUGAUAGCAAGGGCACCCCCAGCUCUCAGCAACCUGUCCACUGGCUGCCUUCCAUCCACAGAUACAUGUACCCAGAGAUGAAGAUCACACACCCUGCUGGCUGUAUGUCUCAGUUCAUCAAAUUCUUCGGUGAGCAGAUCCUUGUCCUCUGGAAGUUUGCCCUGCUGCGCAAGCGCAUACUGAUAUUUUCACCACCCCCAGUUGGAGUUGUCUGCUAUAGAGUGUAUUGCUGCUGUUGCCUUGCAAAUGUUUCUCUGCCUGGUCUUGGAGGAACUGUCCCAGAGUCCAAACCAUUCUUCUAUGUGAAUGUGGCAGACAUAGAAAUGCUGGAGACAGAAGUAUCAUACGUGGCCUGUACAACAGAAAAGAUCUUUGAGCAGAAACGAGAUCUCUAUGAUGUCUAUGUAGACAACCAGAAUGUGAAGACGCAUCAUGAGCAUCUGCAACCACUCCUGAAAAUUAACAAUGCCGACAAGGAGAAGUACCGACGGCUCAAUGACCAAAGGCAGAUGUUAAUGUACUCUCAAGAAGUGGGUGAGGAUUGCAGCUCCUGUGAAGAGGACCUUUUCAUCUUGUUUUUCAUGGAGCAGAACAACCGCAUAUUCCAGACACUGAUGGAGGUGUCAGCCAGCCAGGAUAAGACACUGACAGCUGACCAUGCACGAGGCAUGGGCCUGGAUCCCCAAGGGGAUCGAAGUUUCCUUAUGGACCUCCUGGAAGUGUAUGGCAUUGAUGUUAUGCUAGUCAUUGACAACCCCUGCUGCACUUAAACCAAGGGCAAGAGAGAUGGGGAGCAACGAUCACUUUUUAAAGACUACCUGACAUUGCUUAGGAGGAUCACUGGAACUCACCACAGCCACAGUUAUUUAAUAACUUUAUAUGGAGAGUAUUUAUAAUUUUAAAACAAGAUGUGAUUUUAUUUUCUCACACUCAACUUCCCACUGAGUACCUGCUCUAGGGUUCCUUGUGGUUUUGUCUCCCUUUCCCUUUCAUUUGUCUUUUUUUGUUUUGUCUAGCUAGGACCAGUGGCACCUUUGCACCAAACCUCACUGUUGCCAGUGAUAGCUAGGUUUUGGCCUGGCCUGGAUACCUGAGGGCUGAAGACUUCAGGAAAGCACUUUGUUUGAUGACAACCAAUGUGAAAUGCUAUAGCUGAGCUUUCAGACUUGGCUGGAAAAUCCUAUUAUCAACUCCCCCUUCCACUUGGGGACUGAAGAGAGCUUCAGCACAAACUGUUAAUGGCCCAGUCUCAUAAAUAUGUCCUACCAGUUUAUUGGUGGGGACAGUUAAACCAAUGAUAAGAACCGGGACUCCUUUAAAUAUUCCUCACCCAACUUGAAGCUGAAUUGGAGUAAAGCCACCCUUCCCUGUAAAUGGCAGAGGCAAGUUUGGGAUCGGGGAUGCUACAGGAUCUUAUGACUUUGCUUACUGGAGCAGCAUGCUGUCACUCCCAGCAUCUGAGGUGGUCUCAACUGGCAGAGACUGCACCUACCUGUGUCAUAGCUGGAGAAGAGCACCCUCUCUCCUCAAUCCAUCCCACCACUUCCUUUGGUUUGUAGUUGCGUCACACCUGCUUCUUUGGUUUAAAAUCUUCCAACCAGCAAGAUGGUCUCCCAUUUAACAGGGACCAACACCACUGAGCCGCUUUUCAAUCACUUUGUUCUCCAGCCUCAGCUCGGAUGGUGCUAGGCUGGACAGGGUAGAAUGAGUAUGCUUUAACUUAUGUCACUCGCCCUUCCUUUGUAGCUGAUGGGACUUGUUGCUCCUUUGCUUUAACACUGUCUGCUAAUCCUCCUUUUGUUGAGCCUUCAGCACUGCCUGCUGCUAUCCCUGGCUUUCCAUGUGAGAGAGACAACAGACCUUUCAGCUGGAACAACUGAAGUUUGCAGGAGGUUCCCUUGGAGUUUGGUGUUCUUAACUGGCACAGCUGCUAGGAGCAAUGUUUAAAAGCAGGUCUUUCUUUUUUCCUGGGCAGAGCUGUAGAACUAGAUGAAACAGGUAUUUUCUUAUGCUGUGGAAAGAACAGGAUUCAAUUCAUGAAGGACCAGUCAUUACCUCCAGGAAGGGUAUCCCAAUAAAGAGUAAUCCCUUUGCCGUGCAAAAUCCAAGAAGGUAUUGGGGGUUCUAGGUGUGACAUACUGCUUUGCCCCAAAUCCUUCAGCCAGUAGCAGUAUCGGCUUUAAGCAAACUGUUCUUCCUGAACUGUGGCUACAGCUAAUUAGUUGCUGCUUCUAUCAUUAUAGAUUCCAGCACCCUUGGAGGCUUUCUGUGCACUGUAGGAAUGCAAACUGUAGCUGAUGUAUCCAUUUGUCCUAGCAUUUUAUAGGAUGAGACAGAGCCUGACCCACCAACGUCUCACCCAUGCUAAAGCAGGCAAGCACCUUUUGGAAACAAGUGAAGCAAAUGUUCUCCAAGUAUACCCUCUGUGGAUUGUUUCCCUUAGGAAAGGAGGAGGCUGGCUGUCCUGUAUUUCCUUGAAGGCUGUCUGCAGCAAAGGGGUAGUUUUGCUUGCUGUGGAUACAGUUGUAGUGAGGUGUGGUAUUGGGGCUUCACAUGGCUUGUUGCACAGUUCAUUGGUAUGAGCUUCAGCGUAUUAUGUUCCUGCAAUUUGCCUGUCUCUGAGCAGUCACUCCCCUGGCUGCUUUUUCAAGGCUUCAGAUGUUUUUGUACAGAGGAUAAUAUGCUGCUGUUUGUACUGUCAAUUGCUCACAACUGUAACAUCAUCAUCCUUAGAAGGUUGGGGAAAAAAAAUGUAGGAAGAGGUAAAAACAGCUGAGUAUCAUUUAAUGAAAAUACCACUCUCUUUUCCUUAAGAAAUGGCUUUGUUUUUAAAUUGACACUUGAAGUAUAAUAGUGGCCCACAAUCUGCACACUUUCCUCUAACUUCCACUUUAGUUUUAACAUGCUCUUUGCAGUGAUGGACCCUGAGGAAGCAUAGCUGCCCUCGAAUUGCUGGCACUUCUUCAGACACCAAAACCAAAAAAAACCAGAACUGAAACGAGUCUCUAGCAAUUUUUCCUCUCACUUUCUUGAAGGUUUGCUACGUAGCUUAGCUGUGGUCAGUUGUUAAUGACUCUGUUCUCUUUGUCAGUAGUUCUUUUGCUAAACUAAACAGAAACAAACCUUUGAUUUGGUGUUGAAAUUUUACAGUCACUGCAGUCAGAGGCUUUCUAACAUCCUACAUUAGAGCACUGUUGUUUACAAGCUGUUGGAACAUGAGGUCCAGUAGACAGCACUGCCAGAGCCCACCAAGUAGAACCUCUGGAAAUUACUAUUUCACAUUUAUUAAACCUCUACUUUCCAGAAAUUAGGUCUUCAGUUGUUAGUAGUAAUAUGGGUGCAGAAGCAUCAAAGCAAGCAGAUUACUGUAGAAGUAGCUUCCAUGUGCUACAUCCAGUUGGAUGACUGCAGCCCAUUUUGUUCUUCUUUGUAAUUUUGUUCUUCCUUGUAAUUUUGCUUCUCUACCAAGUUUCUCUUGGCAGGCAACAGCUACAAAAGUCAGGAAGUUGUCCAACAGAAAACAGAACAAGACUUUUUUCUCCUAACCCUUCCUUAUUUGAUUAGCUGCAAAAGUGUUUUCACCUGCACUCCUUUUUGAAAAUAUACUGCUUUUAUUGUUGUCACAUGUGGAAAGUCCUCAAGAAAUGGGUAACGGGUACAUAGUAGAAACAAAUUGUUAUAGCUUGGGACAUGAAGGACUGUUCUGUGGAACCAGUUUAACUGAGUCUUAUCUUUCCAGGAGAUAACAUAAUUCAAGGUAAAACAGUUAUGUGCAGAUAUUCAAAAUCCCCUCCUGGGCACUCAAUAGGUGCUUUGUUGCAUACUAGCAGCUGGGAGACAGCUACUGGGUGUGUUUCGAAUCAAAAGAGGGAGGAAAGUAUGGCGUAAGAUAGGAUAUUGCUGAUUUCUCCCUUUGAAGUACUUUGCCUUUACAGUGGUACCUUCAGUUUCUCGGGUGUAAUGCCUGUGCUCCAUUGCUGCGAUCAGAGCCCAGGUUUGAAUGGUGGUUACAGUAACCAGGUCUAUCCUGUGCCCCACUGUGUUCUCCAAAACUCCAGUCAUUGGACAGCCAUUGCAGGUUCUCAGCUGGUACUUGCCUUUAACCAGGAGAACAAGAGCUUUGUAACUGCAUCUUAACUCAAGCUGCACUAGAAAUGUAUAAUCAAGCAAUGAAUUAUUACUACUUGUACUAUCUGCACUGAAGGGUAAAGCUUGUGAGAGACAUAAAAGCUAGGUUUUCAAUCUGAACAAGCAACACCACGCCAGAUAUUUAAAUCAUGCAAAAGUCUUCUCACUGCAAAGUUAGGCCAAGCUGCAUAGAGCCAAGUACAAUAAAGAACUAUAAUGGAUACUAGGAGAAAGGCACUUUUUGGAAUCAGAAUUCAGAUUUAUCUUACAGAUAUGCUACUGCCUUCCUUUCUAACAUACAUGAAGUACUUACUGCAGUGUAUCUUACAGCCUAUGGUCAUGACUGUCACAGGAGGUGAGCUUGCCUGUCCACCAUCCUUAGGGGCAGAAGAAAGUUCCAUCACCUUUUCAAGAGGAAGUAGCUUCCUGUACAGGUUAUCAGUAAAGCAGGGUUAUGGUGAUACCCCAUUUUAACACCUGCCAAAGUUAAUGAGCAAAAACCUAGGAGCAGCUGUGGCCCUCCUGGCCACAGACUAUGCAAGGGACAGGCAUGCUUUGCUCUGGGAGGUGGAAAGACAGUGGCUUCUGGAACAGCAGGGCAAGAGCACUCUAUCCUAAAGCAAAACUCGAGGUAAAAAGUAUGCACACUAACCCAAACUCUCAUCCUAGCCAUUACUUAUAAGUUAGUUGGUGUCUUCUUCCCACCUUCCCAAAACCAGUGGUGUAGUGGUAAUGGGAAAAGACAUCAUCAAUAUCUUUUACAACAGACUAAAAUGUAUUAACAUAACAGUGUGAUCUGUCUAAAACAGAGGGUACUAAAUGCCUGUGAACCAGGAUUUUAGAUCUUGGUUAAUGUAACAUGCCAUUCAAAUGGGAAUGUUUAAAUGUGGUCAGAAUAAACAGGUGCCUUGAGCUGGUCCAUCAUUAGGUUGUUAUCCUUCCUUUUUAUUUCUGUUACAGUAUUUUAAGCCCUUCUAGAAUGGACUGUAAGUUGAAGCCAGGAUAAGUGUUUUCGUAAGUGGGACCUAGGAUUCUACUCCUCCUUCCUGUCUUGGAGUUUAUACAAAGAGAGUUUUUUGUGUUGCUGUCAGACAGAAACAUGAGAACUGAGUCCUUUCCUCAACACUGUAGAUAGUGGGUUCAGCCCCUGCCUAUUUUAUGUAGUGUCUAUCUCACACCUCCCCUCUGAAUGUUGCAAUUCAGAGGUCUAGAAUUACUCUAUACUGGAAGAACUCUGAACUGCAGAGGAAGGAGAAAAAUUACUUGAAUGGUAUUUAUACAAGCUACUCAACUUAUGCUGAUAUGAAUAUUUAAAUAUCAGCCUGUGUCUCAGUUGAUCCUUGGUACUUUAACAUCAGAACAGCAUCAAUGAUACCAAUUCUGAAGGGAUCUCUUGGUUACCCUCAAGCAAGGAAUCACAUUGCAAUGGGAGCUAUGGAAGAGAACUAGUGAUUUUCCCUGUAAAAUGGUACAGAUGAACAAGGAGCCAGUUCUCACCAUCUCACCCCUUGCAGCAGGCUGGUUGUAAUUCUAACAGCUCUGAUGUUGUUUGCAUCUUGCAGAUGUGUGGUUGCUCCCAUAGGCCUGUGGCUCUGUAGAGAAUCUGCUUACUAAAAACAUGGGUAUUUUUUAAUACAAUUAAAGCUUACCUUUUUGAAA